AUGGAAGAUGAGGGAGAGGAAUUUGAAAAUAGCAACCAACAAUCAAAUGAUGGGAGUGCUUCAGAUGUAGAUUUCAACCUAACUUUUGACAAUAUUGAUCAUAAAGAAGCAGCUGCUAAUUCUGGCAUUGGUAGAGAAGAGGAUGACAAUCCAAAUCAUGAAGAGAGACAAUCAGGAACAGUUGUUCUUGAGCAUGCUAUCCAAAUCAACGAUAAUGAGAGACAGAAGCUUGUUAUUAUCAGUGGAUCAGGAUGGUCGACAUUGAAGGUUCCUCCACCUAUGUUCAAAGUUGACAAAGAAGCUUACAUCCCCAAGAUUGUCUCCAUUGGUCCAUUUCAUCAUAAUGAACCAAGUCUAAGAGCCAUGCAAACUCAUAAACGGCGAUUUCUGGAUCGCCUAGUUCAAAACCAAAUAGGGCAACUUAUCCAUGAAGAAAGUCUCCAAAAUGCCAUGAGAGAAUUGGAAGAAAAGACCAAAAAAUUCUAUGCAGAUGACUUACAGACUAUAGAACGAGAUGAAUUUGUGCAGAUGAUGCUUCUUGACGGUUGCUUCAUUGUAGAACUCUUGCGUUUCUAUGAGAAGAUUUUUGAACUUACUCCCAGCUUGACGGGGGAGGCAACUCUGAAUACGCUUGCUCUCAAGUUUUUUGAACCCUUGAGACCUAGGAAGGAGAAAUUUGAAGAAGGGACGUUGAACAAGCAUGCGAAUAGUGAGUAUAUACAUCUAUUAGCUUUGUUUCACUCUACCUUAAUUUCAGGGGAUAAAACAUACCCGCAGCAGCCUACAAAGAGUGAAAAGGAAAAAACACAUCUUAGGCUUCCUGGGAAAGGUUGGGUGCAUAAUGCCAAAACACUUAGCUAUGCUGGUAUUAAGUUCCAAGAAAAAUCUGGUGGCAUUCUCGACAUACAGCUUACAGGCAAGACGUUAGAGAUUCCGACUAUGGUCAUCGAUGAUAGCACUAGCCCUGUGUUGAGGAACUUGAUAGCCUAUGAACAAAACAACUACGAUGUAGCUCCAUAUUUUUGCUGUCUUGCAUUGUUCUUGGAUAGCAUAGUGGAUACGGUCCAGGAUGUCAAGAUUCUUUGUGAUGCUGGGAUUAUCAAACAUGCAAUGGGUAGAGAUGAGGAGGUGGCGAAUCUUUUCAACAGACUCACUAAAGAGCUGGUGUUUGAUAUUAAUGAAGAGUAUUGCUACAUGACCAAGGAAAUCAAAAGGAUCAACCAUCAUUGUCGAGUGCACGACAUUAGAGUUUGA